AUGGCAGAAGCCAGUUUCUCUCUGGACCAGUUCAGCUGCUCAGUGUGUCUGGAUCUGCUGAAGGAUCCAGUGACCAUUCCCUGUGGACACAGUUACUGUAUGAGCUGUAUUACAGACUGCUGGAAACAGAAGAGAGUCUACAGAUGCCCUCAGUGCAGACACAGCUUCACUUCAAGACCUGCUUUAUGUAAGAAUGUUAUAAUCGCUGAGAUGGUGGAGAAACUGAAGACGACUGACUUACAAACAGCUGAACCUGGAGAUGUGGAGUGUGACGUCUGUACUGGGAAGAAACACAAAGCGGUCAAGUCCUGUGUGGAGUGUCUGAGCUCUUACUGUCAAAGUCAUCUUGAACAACAUGAGAACCUCUUUAAAGACAGGAGACACAAUCUGAUGGAUCCCAUUAGACGACUCCAUGAGAUGAUCUGCCCAAAACACAACAAACAGCUGGAAAUCUAUUGUCGUACUGACCAGCAAUUAAUCUGUUUUCCGUGUUUGAUUGACGAACAUAAAAACCAUGACACUGUAACAGCUGAAGCAGAAAAGACAGAGAAACAGAAGCUUUUGGUAGAAACACAAAGAAAGUUCCAGCAGGGGAUUCAGGGGAGACAGAAUCAGCUCCAGGAGCUGAGAGAUGCUGUGAAGUCUCAUAAGCGCUCUGCACAAGCAGCAGUGGACGACACCGAGAGGAGCUUUACUCAGCUCACCCGCUCCAUUGAGAGAAGCCGCUCUCAGGUGGUUCAGUUGAUCAGAGCUCAGGAAGAGGCUGCAGUGAGUCGAGCUGAAGGACUCUUGCUGCGACUACAACAAGACAUUGAUGAUCUGAAGUGGAGAGAUGCUGAGCUGGAGCAACUUUUACAAACAGAUGAUCACGUCCAUUUCCUGCAGAUGUUCCAGUACAUCACUGCACCUCCUGAAUCUACAGACUUAUGCAGCAUCACUGUCAGUUCUUUCAUCCCUUUUCAUGAUGUGGCAAAUUUAGUCUCUCGAAUGAAGGAAAAACUAGAGGGUUUCUGUAAAGAAGAGGUAGAAAAUAUCUUUGAUAGAGUAACAUGCAUUGAUAUGAACACCAAUAAACCAAUGAGGACCAGGGAACAGUUCCUUCAGUAUUCCCGUCAGCUCACUCUGGAUUCAAACACAAUGAAUCGAUUCCUCCGCCUGUCUGAAGAGAACAGUGUGGUUACUUGCACCAACACACCCCAGCAUUAUCCUGCUCAUCCAGACAGAUUUGAUGGCUCUGUGCAGGUGUUGUGUAGAGAGAGUGUGUGUGGACGCUGUUAUUGGGAGGUUGAGUGGAGUGGGAGAAAAAGUGGGUGUAUAUCAGUGUCAUACAAGAACAUCAGCAGGAAGCAAUUGUUUGGAUUUAAUAAUCAGUCCUGGAGUUUGUUCUGCUCUUCCUCCAGUUACAUAUUCAGGCACAAUAACAUAAAGACUGAGCUCCCUGUGUCCUCCAGAUCCGCUAGAAUAGGAGUGUAUGUUGAUCACAGUGUAGGAAUCCUGUCCUUCUACAGCGUCUCUGACACAAUGAGCCUCAUCCACAGAAUCCAGACCACAUUCACUGAGCCUCUCUAUCCUGGGUUUGGGUUUAGUAGUGGAUCAUCAGUAAAACUGUGUAUAUGAGAGAUUCUGCAUAUGUCAGCUUCACAUACUGGGUAAAAACUUUGUAUCAUAUGUGACCCUGGACCACAAAAAGAGUCAUAAGGGUCAAUUUUUUGAAAGCUGAAUAAAUGUUUGUUAGGAUCAGACAAUAUUUGGCCGAGAUACAACUAUUUGAAAAUCUGGAAUCUGAGGGUGCAAAAAAAAUCACCUUUAAAGUUGUUCAAAUGAAGUUCUUAGCAAUGCAUAUUACUAAUCAAAAAUUAAGUUUUUAUAUAUUUAUGGUAGGAAAUUUACAAAAUAUCUUCAUGGAACAUGAUCUUUACUUAGUGUCCUAAUGAUUUUCGGCAUAAAAGAAAAAUCAGUAAUGUUGACCCAUACAAUGUACUUUUGGCUAUUGCUACAAAUAUACCCCAGCGACUUAGGACUGGUUUUGUGGUCCAGGGUCACAUAUAGAUAUACGAAUGAAGAAUGCCUUAGCUACUGAACUUUGCAGGAAGACACAGGCUUGUAUAUAAAAAUACUCUAUUAAGAUACUAAGACCUUUUAAUAAUGUUAAAGCUAAUGUAUUUUUUGUAGUUACAUAUGUUCAUGCGAUUCUGCUGUUAUCUUAUUCUAAACCCCCAGCAGUGGCCGCUCUCACUGUUUAUAUGAGUGGCAAUUGUAUUUCAUUUCCUCCCGCAUAUAUCACAGUUAUUAGACUUAAUUUGGCAUCACUUUGUGUUUACCUGAUUCAAAAUACUUUGUGCGCUUGAAAAGAAGUUGCAUCCAUAAUUAAGAUAGUCACUGACAUUCUGUCAUGAAUUAUCUUUAUUUUGUUUAGUGCAACAUAUUUCUUUUUCAUUUUCCAAAAUAAAGCAGUUUACAACUUUGUAAAGUCCUCAAAACAUUCCACUGUGUUAAAAAAAAAGUCUGAAGGAGAACGCCUUAAGCCAUUUAUACUGUAUAUAAUACUAAACUGAAGAAGAAAAAAAAGUCUAAUGACACAGUUAUUUCACAGUAUUGCACAAUUUAAGAAUAACCUGAUUGAGCUUAUUCAUUGGUUAAAGAAAGGUAAAAUAUGCACAUUAGGUAUGUAAUGUAUGUCUUGUUGCAUUUUAUAAAUUAUUGUGCUGCCACAGAGAAUGAUGGGAAAUGUUUGGUCUCACAAAUCAUUCUCCUCAUAAACCAGUUUCACAAGUUUGUUUAUACAUAAAAUCUUUGAGCUAUUAUGGUUGCACAUAUUUGGCUUGCUGUCUGCUUAAGGAGGUGGCUUCAGCUUGAGUUCUGGUGUCAAUUAAACUUCAAAAGAUGUAGUAGAUGUUUAUAUAAGGCAAGAAACAUAAAUGAAGGUGGAGUUGGGGAGUUGGAAGGAUGGCAAUUCAACUGACAGCAGAGAGUGAGAAGCGGCUGAUUGCAUACUUCAAAUACUUGAAAGAUUAUGAGCUUGCUGCUCCCAAACUGACCUUUGUUAAAUGAGAGGCAAGCUUUACCAUGUUUGUUAAUAUUCUUAAUCAAAUGCAUAGGCCUGAAAUUAGCUUCAGUUAAAAUAUUACACAUACAGGAUUAAUGUGUUUUGCCAAGUCCUUUCCUUCUGUGCCAUGUGAGCUCCAAUCCUGCCUGGACUCUCAGGGUAGCUUAUGUUGCCAUUUUUAGUUUUAAAAUUCAAUUAAAAGCCUUUCUGCAUUCUGUAAAUGAGUCCUCUCCCUUUCCUGAGCCCUGCAUGUGACACAGCAGUCUGGCCACUAGAGGACUCUUCCCACCUCCCAUCUUUCAG